AUGGCGGAACCGCAUCGGUAUGCGGAAGAGGCCAAUGAGGCCCUGGAUCCGGAGCUUCUGUACACAAAGGAAUACUGCAUUGGCGGUGGUAGCUUUGGCAAGGUGUUCAAGGGGGUCGAUAAACGAAGCGGUCGCUCCGUCGCUAUCAAGAUCAUCGACGUCGAAAAUGCCGAGGACGAGGUCGAAGACAUUAUCCAGGAAAUCGCCAUCCUGUCCGAGCUGCAGUCUCCAUAUGUGACAAAGUACUACGGAUCCUAUGCAAAGGGCGCCGAGCUAUGGAUUGUCAUGGAGUUUUGCGCGGGUGGGAGCUGUGCCGACCUUAUGAAGCCGGGCAUCAUGGGCGAGGACUACAUUGCCAUCAUCAUAAGGGAGCUGCUGAUGGGUCUCGACUAUCUCCACACGGACAAGAAACUGCACCGGGACAUUAAAGCGGCCAAUGUCCUUUUGGGAGCCAAUGGCCAGGUCAAGCUGGCUGAUUUUGGCGUGUCGGGUCAGCUUUCGGCCACCAUGACGAAGAAGAACACGUUCGUCGGCACUCCGUUUUGGAUGGCACCAGAGGUCAUUAAACAAUCUGGAUAUGAUCACAAGGCUGAUAUUUGGUCACUCGGUAUCACGGCCCUCGAACUUGCCAAUGGCGAGCCUCCUUACGCCGACAUUCAUCCCAUGAAGGUUCUCUUUCUUAUCCCCAAAAACCCUCCUCCGAGGCUAGAGGGAAACUUUACAAAGGCCUUUAAGGAUUUUGUCGAACUGUGCCUGCAGCGAGAUCCCAAGGAACGACCGACAGCCAGAGACCUCCUGCGACACCCCUUUAUCCGAAAGGCAAAGAAGACAACAUAUCUUACCGAGCUGAUAGAGCGACAUUCCAGAUGGGCGGCGACGCACAAGACGGAUGAGGAAGAAAAUUGGGACGUCAGCGAGAGUGUGCCACCUGAGAGACCGCGAGUCAACGAGGACAUGUGGGAUUUCGGCACCGUCAGGCUUGUCACUGACCGCGGCGGCGUAGUCAACCGGCCACCUAGGCUCAACCCCCUGGGCGCAAGUGCUACCAACACGAGAGCCACGCGGAACUCAGCCGAUUAUGGUGAAAGGCGGCGUGAGCCAUCCAGCCCAACAAAACUGCGGGAACAGGCCCUUCAGCCGAGUGAUACUCUCAAAGCUGCGAACCCGGCCAGCGCGGGGGCAUCACGGCAAGCGAGCCCGCAGCGCAAACACACACCCACUCAACAACAGCAGCUAAAGACUACGAGCUGGGAGUUUCAAGAGACAACGCCAAGAUCUUCAAAGAUUGUGACGGUACCGGUCAUAACUCAAGCACCGGAGCCCCCCUCGCCCGACUACGACCGGGAACUGCAAGAACACUUGCAGCGCGACAUGGGAAUACUGAACCUGAAUAUAGACCUACCCGACCCCUUCGAAAAGCCGGUGCCGCCUGCUCAUGGGGUUUCGCCACGAUCAACGAGCUCCAAAAUUGCGCGAUACGACGUGCCAGAAAUCCCGCCUUUCAGAGCUCCCUCUCCAAAGCCGCUGCCGCAACCGCAGACUACCGUGCAGCGAACGGUAGCUCCAGUUGUGCCGCUUUCUCCAGUGUCUCGACUACCGGCUCCAUCUGCACCGGCUCCGGCUCCCGCCCCUGUGCCCGCCCCUGUGACCGCUCCUGCUCCUGCACCUGCACCUGCACCUGCACAUGCACCCGUGUCUGCGGCAUCGGCAUCGGUAUCCUCGUUGAGAUCACAGGGUCAUUCGCCAGGACUGUUGGAAACAUUUCCUUCCCCUCCUGCUCCGAACCCCAACGGAGAGCUCGAUGCCCUCAACGACGUCAUCUUUCCUGCGCUUGAAGAGGCCCUUAAGCGACGGCAGAUUCGGCUCCAGCACAUGUACAAGCCUGUGCCGAGCGGUUCAACUGUGUCAUCGAAGCAGCAACGAGCCGAAGCUGCUCAUGAGAAAGUUCGCAAACUUGUCUAUAAGCUGGCACAUGUUUGCAAAGAGAUUGACUACUAUGAUAAAGCUGAGCCCGUAGGCAUGGGAAGGGACGUUGGAAACUUUUUGGAGGGAUUGCUUGAGGAGAUUCUAGUUCGCGUUGAACCGCUGGAUGAGGAGGAGGUGUAG